AUGUCAGAAAAUUUAAAUAUUUAUAAUAAAAAAGUAAUGGACCAUCUUGCACCAACCCCACAGAAUACCCCAGCAGGAAACAAUAUUUCUAUUAUUUCAGGGUCUAAUGUAUCUUCGAGUUCACCUGCUCCGGUAGUUUCAUCAGCGAAAGAUGAUCGAGAAGAUCCUCCUAUAUCUACACAUAGUGCUUUAUCACGUGCACCUGGGUUGAUAUCCAUGAUUCAAGGAAAGUUAGGGUCACUGGUUGGUCAAUCAUCAGGAUAUAUUGAAUCAUUACCAUUAGCUGUGAGAGUUCGUGUGGAAGGAUUACAAGGUCUUCAAGUACAACAUUCAAAACUUGAAGCACAAUUUCAAAACGAAAUAUUGGAAUUAGAGAAAAAGUAUCAUGAUUUGUGCUCUCCUUUGUAUAAUAGACGCUCAGCUAUUAUUAUUGGUGCAAUAGAACCUACAAAUGAUGAAAUUGAAGCAGGUCGUGAAUUUGGGAAAAUUUAUGAUACAGAUAAUAAGAAAUGUGAUGUUGAGAAUAAAAGUUAUGGAUCUGAUGAGAAUGUUAAGGGUAUUCCUCAGUUUUGGCUAACUGCAAUGAAAAAUUUUCCUUCUUUAGCAGAAAUUAUUACUCCAGAGGAUGAAAAAGCAUUGUGUUAUUUGGUAGAUAUUCGGCUGGCCUAUCUUGAUAAGCCAGGGUUUAGAUUAGAGUUUUACUUUGCAGAUAAUGAGUUUUUCUCUAAUAAAAUAAUUAAUAAAACGUAUUAUUAUAGAGCGGAGUUGGGUUAUGGUGGUGAUUUUGUCUAUGAUCAUGCAGAAGGAGAUAAAAUCGACUGGAAGACAGGCAAAGAUUUGACAACGAGAGUCGAGAUCAAAAAGCAGCGUAAUAAAAAUACAAAGAAAACUCGUGUUGUGAAGAAAGUUGUUCAAACGGAAAGCUUUUUUAGGUUUUUUGCUCCUCCUGUGAUUUCGGAUAUUCAAAAUGUUGAUGAUUCGGAUAUCGAUAAUCGACUUGAAGCAGAUUAUCAAUAUGGUGAAGAUAUUAAAGAAAAGUUGAUUCCUAGAGCAAUUGAUUGGUUUACUGGUGUUGCUUUAGCUUAUGAAGAUGAAUAUAGUGACGAUUCUGACCAGGAUUAUACUGAUGAGGAUGGGAAUGAUGAUGAUGAUGACAAUGAUGACGAUGAUGAUGAUGAUGAUGAUGACAAUGAUGAUGAUGACGACAAUGAUAAUGGUAAUAAUUUAGGUGGCAAAGACGAUAAUAAACCUAAGCACGAUCCUGUUGAAUGCCGUCAGUCAUAAUAUUUUCUUUUAAAAUCUUCUAAAAAUAUUG